GAAAGACAAUGCAUACUUCUAUGCUGGCCAGAUCAUGGCAAUGUCAAUUGCCCAUGGGGGGCAGAGUCCAUGUUUCCUGUCUGAACUUAUGUAUGAGUGUCUUCAAAAGGGCCCUGACAAUGUAAAGGUCAAAACUGAAGAUAUUACUGAUGAAGAAACAAGGUCACAGUUGCAGUUGAUCUUACAGGCCCAGACUGAUUCACAACUACAAGAUGCAGUUGCACAGGCAGCUAGCUUAAUCAGUCUUGCUGGUCACAAUGUUCGCAUAACACUGGAGAACAAACAGGAGACUGCUUUGGAUCUGGCUCAUUGGUAUGUCCUUCAGCGGACCCGUGCUCCAUUUGAAAGGUUCAGAGAUGGCUUAACGUCUCUGGGUGUCCUAGAUGCUCUCCAAAACUAUCCUGUUCAGUCAAAGUGCCUUUUUGUGAAGGCUGAAAAGGCCUUAACUGCAAAUGAUGUGGAGAAUCUCUUCCAAAUCAUUCAUUCUGAAAGAGGGAGUAAUGCAUUUCAAGCAGAGUGCCGGACCAUGGCUUUCUGGCAAGACUAUCUUCAGGAUGCUGAAAUUGAAAACAAUGUCUCUCUCGAGGAUGUUCUUGUUUUCUUCACUGGAUGUGACAGCAUUCCAGCACUGGGUUUCUCUCCAAAGCCAAGUCUUGAGUUCAUUACCUGCUCCCGAUUUCCAGUGGCCAAUACUUGUGAAAAUAUUCUACGCAUACCAGUUCAUGCAGUGUACACUUCUUUCAGAUCUGACAUGGAUUUUGCAAUACGCAAUUCACCAGGAUUUGGAAGAGCGUGAGAGGUAAUAUUUUCAAGGCAUGUAGCGCUUGAGUUAUGUUAGAUUGUUUAUGCUAUUGCUGUUAUUUCACUUUGUUAUUCAUUGAUACAAAAAUUCUGUAUUUACUGUAACAACACAUAAAAAAAAACAAAAACAACAAAAAAAAGUUCUUCAUUACAUUUUAAGAUGUAUUUCAAGCUAUAUGUUCCAGUCUUCUAACCUGAACAACCAUGUUCCCCAGUUUCAUUGCUAUGACAGAAUUGUUAUUUCGUUAUAGGCUGUGUAUGGCUUUCUUUUAAAUAAAUGUUUUUCUGUUCCUACUUUUUAUGCACUGGCUUAUUUUUUUUUUAGUGUCUACAGUGGUGGGACUUGUGCAUCCAAGACUUUAAGGGUAACAUUUAUUCUAAUUUUAUAUAAUAUACUGUAGUUACAAAAUUACACUACACAAAACUACAUAAAAUGAAUGUAUUUAAUAACUUUAAAUACAGGUUUCACCUUGAACAACAGGGUUAAGUUACAACGUUUACAAGGAUACAUCAUAUAAUAUACACUAUUUAUAUUGUGAUAAUGUUCAAUGGUUCAUCGUGAAAGAAAAGUGUAUUUUGUGUUUAAAUCAUAAUUAUACAUGCUAAUGCCCUUAUUUCUGACACCACAAUAACUUCAAUAUGAUAAACAUUACCAAAAUUACUUAGCAGACUAAGUAUUUAUUUCAAGCAAGUUACAUGCAGCGAAAAAAAGUUCUAUUCCAUGAUUUCCAUCGUCAGUCAAGGGAUUAACUGGGAUUAACUCAGGAUGACACUGGCGAUGAUCAUAAGGUCUUUGCACAUGCGCAAGAUUGAGUGGUCCUUGAUUUUCAGGAAGUUGGAGCAUUCCAGCUGUCCAAAGUUGCAGUGGGGAGUUGCUUUCCAUUGUCCUUAAACUAUGGUGGUUCCACUGGCUUACAAACUCAUCAACAGAUCUGUUUAUUCUUGGAAGGUAAACAUGAUGAAGAGCCGUAAUGUGAAGUGGGUUGUUGCUAUCUAAAAUGCCAACAUUUUCCAUGAAAAGGAAAAGAUCUUUAAAAUAGGCUGACACCACCCUGUUAAGUUCUGCCCACAAUCUUUCAAUGCGUUGAUUAUGAACACUACAACCAACCAUAAAGCUUACUCUGUUUGCCCCUCGAUUCUCAAUCAUAAACCUUGCAACAUCAAUAUUCUCACUACCUGCAUCACCCCUGACAUGAUGUGGGAGUCCAAACAGAUCCACUGCAUUUUGGAAAAGUUGCAAGGCAGUUGAUGCUCUGUUGUCUGUGCAACAUCUCAGGUAGGUAAUACAGCGGCUAUAGCCAUCAACUCCACCGUGAAACACAAAUCCCCAUGGAUUUAACUUUUGUGGUUUGUGUCAAUAUGCCUGAAAUAAGAAUUAUUUAUAUUAUUAUUAACCACAUUGGAUAUACAUCAAAGUGUAACUUUUUAGGCUUUUUCUUGCCAAAAAGCUUUUGUGAAAAAAAAAUUCUCAAUAUUGUUUUUUCCCCCUUCCUAUUUAUACUUUUACUUUUUUUUUUAAAUGUAUCGUUAUCUCACAUUUUCAUGAUGAUUUUACAAAAGCAACAACCAUAAUAGUAACACUAAAAUACUGUUACUUACUGUAUAACUAAUAAGUAAUUAUUGAAGUAACAGCUAAUCAAUAACUAAUGUAUUCUGUCAUACCUCUUGAAGAACAGUAAAUCAAGUUUCUACAUUACAUUUAUAUAUUGUAGAAACUGAAUAUAUUUAACAUAUGGCAAUUUUUUGUAAUUCUGUAUGUUUUCUGAUGGCUGGCAUCUUCUCUUCUCAGGUAUUUGGUUCUUCAUUUAAGGGUUGGAUUCAGACUAAGGAUUCUGGAAUUCCUUAUUAUUAUAGUUAUUAUUAUCAUCAUUAUUCUUAUUCUUAUAAACCACAUCAAAGUUAAACUCUUUGGCUUUGUUGUCUUUUUCUUGCCAAAAAACUGUUAAAAAAAAUAAAAAAUAAUAAUAAUAAUAUAAUUAAUUAAUCUAAAUCUCUCUUUUUUUCAUGCUUAUACUUUUUAUUUAUGUUGCAUUAUCUCACUUUUUCAUUAAGAUUUUACAACAACAGCAAUCUUGCUUCAUUAACCAGCUAGAGAGUAAUUACAAAUUUACAAAACACAUACCACAGUUGAUUUGGGACAGAGACAUUGUAGACCCUCCGUUGAAUAGCCCUUCGUCCUCUUAAGGCUCUUCCCACUGGAUCUAUGAUUCUUAAACGCUCUCGCACUCGCCAUCGCGGAACUCUGAUCCCUCUUCCUCUCAAACUACCAGUGAUGUAGGUCUCUCCCGAUCCAGGGGUUUGUUGAAGAACCUCAGUAAUAUGACGAUCUAGAUCAUCAUUUGAAAUGUUUGUGAAGCUCCCAUAGUCCACUAAACCAAGCUGUCUCCUGUGGUUGUACAGUGUUCGAAUGUUUACAGACAACAUUCGUGAUAUGGCCAUCCAGCUAAAUCCUAAGUCCCGCAUGUGAAUCAACAGAGCAGCUGAUAUGUUGUACAUCAAACGAGAAAAAACAAAAUAACAAAAAUGUGCUAAUUCACAAAGUGUUAAUGCAUAACUUGUAUUAAUUAUUUUGUUUGCAACUUGCAAAGAGGUUAAAGUACAAUAAAUUAUCACCACUCACCUCAGCCUUCCUCUCUGUGAUGCAGAAUGUGCACCUCUACCAUGCACUUGUGUAUCAGCUUCUACCUGGAGCACUAUUUCAGCCAACAUUUCCCUA